AUGCAUUUGGCUCAGAGUUUUGUCUUGCUAUGUCUGGUGGCGACUGGUAUAGCUCUGCCUACCAAUGAAGACAUCAGGACCCAGGAACUUAAGGCGCGCGGUCCGGGUUACUCUCCUAAGCAGCCCCCCUUGACAACACCAUGGACCAAUAAAGUCGGAACGAAGCCAUGGCCCGAAUAUCCGCGGCCGUUGCUAGAGCGCUCCGCAUGGAAGAAUCUCAACGGAGUGUGGAAGUACCAAAGUGCUGCAAGCCUCGAUGCUGUCCAGCAACCACCUUUUGGGCAGGAGCUUGCACAGGAAGUUUUGAUUCCGUCGUGUCUUGAGAGUGGAUUGUCUGGAAUCCAAACAGAUUCAGCUUUCUACUCUUGGUUUUCGACAUCCUUUAAAGUAUCUCCUUCUUGGAAGGGUGAGCAGGUACUGCUCAAUUUUGGAGCUGUAGAUUAUGAAGCCACAGUCUUUGUCAAUGGCCAAAAGGCAGGCUUCCACCGUGGCGGAUACUUCCGCUUUGCCUUAGACGUGACAAAGUAUCUGAAAUUUGAUCAGCAGAAUGAGCUACUUGUUUUUGUACAUGAUCCCACUGACGAUGGCGACUAUGUUAUCCCCAUUGGAAAGCAGACCCUGAGGCCGAGUCACAUCUUUUAUACGCCCUGCAGUGGUAUAUGGCAAACUGUUUGGCUUGAGGCUGCCCCAGCCAACCACAUUACCAAACUCGAUCUUGACGCAAACAUGGAUGGCCAAAUAAGUAUCACUGUACACAGCUCCGCCACUGAUAAGCCCGCCAACGCCGAGGUCACUGUCCACAAAAAUGGAAAGACUAUUGCAACCCACAAAGGCCCCACCAACAAGCAAUUCCAAUUCAAAGUAUCUUCGCCCAAGCUCUGGUCCCCGGACUCGCCUAACCUGUACAAUGUGACUGUUAAACUCGGCAAAGAUAAAGUGGAGAGCUAUGUUGGCUUCCGUACAAUCUCCAGGGGUAAGAUUGACGGGGUUGAACGACCCUUACUCAAUGGGAAAUUUAUCUUCAUGUUCGGAACCUUGGAUCAAGGCUAUUGGCCUGAUGGUUUAUACACACCUCCCAGUAAAGAGGCGAUGGUGUACGAUCUGAAGAUGCUAAAGAAGUUAGGAUUCAACAUGGUCCGCAAGCAUAUCAAAGUUGAGACCGACCUGUUCUAUCGAGCAUGCGACGAGCUCGGUCUGCUUGUAAUUCAGGACAUGCCUUCCCUACGUCCGUCGCAGUCCAGGAGAGGAGCAGAUGGUAACUUCCAUACUAUUCUACCGGACGAGAAGCAGCAGGCCGAGUUCGCUCGCCAGCUAGAUUUGUUGGUCAACCAGCUCAAGAGCUUCCCCAGUGUUGCAACUUGGGUCGUGUACAACGAAGCCUGGGGUCAGAUCAGCAACAACCCCGAGUUUGAGCUGACCGAGAGGGUCAGACAACUGGACCCCACUCGACUUGUGGAUUCGACAAGUGGUUGGGACGACCAUGGCGCUGGAGACUUUAGUGACAACCACCACUACGCAAACCCACAAUGCGGCACUCCAUUCUAUUCCCUACGUUCUAGCCCACACGAUCCUAGCCGGAUUGGGUUCCAGGGUGAAUUUGGUGGCAUCGGUACUAAUGUAUCCAUUGACCAUCUCUGGAACAACCAGAAAGCUAUCGAUACUAUCGACCAAACAUACGAACUCGACGAAACCAUCGAGGCAUGGAAUUAUCGCAGCCACCUUCUCCUGAACGAGCUCGAAGAUCAGGUCCGCCUGUACGCAUGCAGUGGGGGCGUCUGGACACAGACGACCGACGUCGAAGGCGAGGUCAACGGUCUGAUUACUUAUGACCGUCGCGUGUCAAGAGUCAACGAGAAGCAGUGGCAGGCAGAUAUUAAAGCUCUCUAUGAUGCUGCUGCCGCAAGGAGCAAGGCUUGA